UUUGUCCAGCUGCUGGUCCCCUGUUCAGCAGUCCUCAAGCAGUGCUAUUACCCUGACGGCAGCCCGUCAAGCGAUUUCCCAUGCGAUCCCAACGCGAAGGAGAGCGCGUGCUGCGGCUCCGGGCUUGGCUCUACAUGUCUCAACAAUCGGCUGUGUCAAUCGAAUAACGGAAACAUUAUUCGGGGUUCUUGCAGCGACAAGAACUGGUCAUCGCCUGAAUGCGCCCCGUUCUGCCUGAGUGCCGACACUGGAGGAACUGAUCUGAUAUCCUGCUCCAACGUCACCAACGCCGAUAAUUCAUUCUGCUGCGACCACACAAACGGCUGCUGCGACUCCGGCGUCGGCCGCUUCAACGUGCUGCCCAAAGAGGCCUCAGUAUGGGCGACAUGGAACGUCGAGGCGAGCUCAUACCGCGUUGUCGGCACCGUAUACACCGGCAACCCGACGAGCACAUCGAGCGCAGCGACAAAGACGAAGUCAACAACAGCGACUGGUACAGCGACGACGACGACGAGUUCUACUCCGACAAACACGAGUCCGAGCGAGUCGGACAAGUCCUCCGGGCUGUCUAAUGGAGCAAAAAUCGGAAUUGGUGUUGGUGUCGGUGUUGGAGCGGUUCUUCUUGCUGCGAUUGCGUUCUUGGUGUGGAAGCUUCGGCAGAGGAAG